AUGAAUCCUCAGGAUCACAUGAGAAAAAUAAUAAUCCUCGGGAAGCAGAGAAGUGUGGAAGAUGGGGCCUUUUACCAAAUUGGAAGUGGCAUCCCACCAGCUGAUCUGAGGCAGCAACAAGAGACCCUAAUGAGGAGCCAGUUCAUGACAGGACACCCACCGCUAAUGCACCAGCAUGGAAUGCAGACAAUUCCUUCACAGUUGGAAUCUCGGUUUGUGGAAAGACAUUUGUUACCUACAUCUGAGAUCUUGGUACCAGCUGAUCUCAGGCAGAUUCAUGUGGCUUCCACCCUUGGACCUCCCGCCUCACAACUAGCCAACUUCCCAAACAUAUUAUCUAGUUGCGUUUCCCAAGGACCAGGAUAUAGUUUUCUUCAAUCAGAAUCAAUGGAAGCAGUAGCCAAAAGACAAGAAUUGAUUCAGAAACAAAAUAUUGCCAGGAUGGAAAUGAGUGCCAUGUUUCAGCAAAAAGAACUCGAAAAAGCUCAGCGAAAAAGUCUUCUAAAACUCAGGGGCUUUUUCCCUUACCCUGAUGUCCCAGCUCGCUCUGCUAGUUUUCAAGAAAGACACUACAUUCCUGAAGGCCACCUCUCCAAUGACCUGUAUGUCCAUCAGGCCACCUUCAAUGAACUUCAGAGGAAUGCCAUGUUCAUGGGCACAAGCUCCUAUCCACCUCUCGCCAUGCUUCAAAGGGAACGGGUCCGUCGACCAAGCAGAAGAGCUGGGAUUCGCAAAGCUUCUCGCUACCAGUUCAAUCAUGGAAAGAACCAGCCGGUGGACAGGGACAUGGAUCUGGCUUCAGUGACUCUCAGUGAAGAAAACGAGGAUAAAAAAGAAACCAAAGUGGAAAUGCCAAGCAAGCCUGCAGAAACACAACAAGAAGUCCAUGGAGAACCAUUAGCAGCUGUCACCAAAAAUGAAAAGGAACGUGAAGGUGGCUUGCGAAAGAACUUGUGUAAUCACAAAAUAUCCAGUGAAGCAACUGACGGCCACAAUGGAAAUGAGAAAGAUCCUCAUAAUUCUUGCUUGGUCUUCAAUGAAAAGCAUGCAGAUCCAUCAAAAAUCACAUUCUCUGCUCUGACAAGUAGCUUCUCCAUGCUCAAUCAACCACCAUUAUCCUUUGCCCCUCCCAGACUAAUUUUAAAUGGGGAAGAAAUUUCAUCUGCUGAAGAUAUUCGCAAAUGGACUGUUGAAGAUGUGUACAGUUUUAUCAACAAUCUCCCAGGAUGCUCUGAGUAUGCUCAGGUAUUUAAAGAUCAUGUCAUUGAUGGAGAAACCUUACCGCUGCUUACAGAAGAACAUCUUUUAGACAUGAUGGGAUUAAAACUUGGGCCUGCUUUAAAGAUUCAGUCACAGGUAAAGUCCAUAGAUCUUCUGAAAUUCCAGACACUGAGCAAACAAAAACCACAGCACUUUCAAAUAUAUCUUAAUUUUCACUAACUUUUUAUAUGGGUUUUAUUAAAAGCUAGCUUCAGCUUGCUUUUGUUAUAUGGUACAGGUAGUUCUUGGCUUAAAACCAUAAUUGAGCCUGGAAUUAUAAUAAAAAAUCAUGCUGGUCAUUGAGUCAUCGCUUAGCUAACCUGAUUUUACGACUUUUUUGUAGCAGUCAUCAAGUGAAUGUAAUGAUGGUGGCAGUCAUUAAACAAACCCAUUGUCUGCAAUGGACAUUUUUUUGAUGGAAAGGGGAAGUAAAUGUCUCUUUUAACGGUUGUUAAAAGAAUCAUUGUAGUUGUUCAGUUAGUAACAUGGUUGUAAUGGCUUCCCCAUUGACUUUGUUUGUCAGAAGGUCAUAAAAGAUGAUCACACGACCUCAAGGACCCUGCAUCUGUCAUACAUAUGAGUCAGUUACCAAGCAUCCAAAUUUUGAUCAUAUGACCUUAGGGAUGCUGCAGUGGUUAAGUGUGAAAAAUGGCCAUAAAUCAUUUUUUUCAAUGCUGCUGUAACUUUGAAUGAAUUGUUGUAAGCCAAGGCCUGUAAAUUGCAGCAGUGUUUUCUUUGUGUUAGUUAAAUUCACAAGCAAUAGGAAGGCCAUCAUCUUAAAGUAGCUCCUAUAUGUGGUGGCAUAAUGCCAAUAUGCUACAAACAUUUCUUAAUGAUAGGAAGCCGGGAUGACAAACAAUUAGAGCAGCGAUCCAAUCACUAUUCUCAAAGGACAA